UAGGCCGCAGCUCGGUUCAAAAGCGAGUCUCAGCCACGUGCGGCUCCGCUAAAGGGAUAGGCGGCGAGAUCGAAUCGAGCGGAGCGGGCCCAUGGCGCUGCGGCGGCUGCUUCCCUUCCUCCUAGUCAUCCUCCUCUUCGUUCUGCCGCCGCCACCGAGCUGCGUGGCCAGCGGCGGAGGGGAGCCGGCGGAGUUCGAGAUCCCCCGGGACGGGAGUGUGGUGGAGCUGGACGAGAGCAGCUUCGAUGCGGCGGUGCGCGCCGUCGACCUCCUCUUCGUCGACUUCUAUGCCCCCUGGUGCGGCCACUGCAAGCGCCUCGCCCCCCAGCUGGACGAGGCUGCUCCUGUGCUGGCUGGACUGAGCACGCCUAUCGUUGUUGCUAAAGUAAAUGCCGACAAAUACAGGAAGCUCGGGUCCAAAUAUGGAGUAGAUGGGUUCCCUACUUUGAUGCUUUUUGACCAUGGGGCCCCCUCAGAGUACACGGGUUCAAGGAAGGCUGAUUUGCUCAUUGAGAACCUUAAGAAGCUUGUUGCGCCUGAUGUUUCUGUUCUCGAGUCAGACUCGGCAAUCAAAGGCUUUGUUGAGGCUGCUGGUAUCGGUUUCCCAUUAUUUAUCGGAUUUGGGGUGGAGGAAUCAUUGAUUGCUGAAUAUGGAGCAAAGUACAAGAAGAAGGCAUGGUUUUCUGUAGCAAAGGAUUUCUCUGAGGAUAUGAUGGUCGUGUAUGAUUUUGACAAGGUUCCAGCAUUGGUUUCUCAUAACACAAAAUAUAAUGAGCACAGUGUAUUCUAUGGUCCAUUUGAAGGAACCUUUUUGGAAGAUUUUAUACGGCAAUCCCUACUGCCUUUAACUGUGCCCAUCAACAGAGAGACUGUGAAGAUGUUGAAUGAUGAUGAGAGGAAAGUGGUUCUUACAAUUUUGGACGAUGAAGCAGAUGAAUAUUCUCCGCAGCUGAUAAAAAUUUUGAGGUCUGCAGCCAAUGCAAACCACGAUUUGGUGUUUGGAUAUGUGGGAGUCAAGCAGUGGGAGGAAUUCACGGAGACUUUUGAUGUUUCAAAGAGCUCACAGCUGCCAAAGAUGGUUGUCUGGGACGGAAACGAGGAAUAUGAAGUAGUUGAGGGUUCAGAGAGGCUUGAAGAAGGCAACUACGGAUCCCAAAUUAGUCAUUUUCUUGAGGGGUAUAGGGCAGGAAGAACAAUAAAGAAGAAAGUGGGCCGUGGUUCCCCAACACUGCUUGGUGUUAAUGCGAUGUACAUUCUCAUCUUCUUGGUCGCUGUUCUUCUUGUUAUGAUGUAUUUUUCUGGGCAAGGCGAGGAGGAUCACCGGCCAAGAAGGGCCCAUGAAGACUGAAAGUGUAAUAUUUAUUCCAGCACGCUUAUCUCUAGGUAUUCCCCGCGGCGCAGAAGGUUGGUAAGUGGGAAACACAGGCGAUGAGGAAAAUUCUGGUCUUUCUUUGAAAUGUCUCGAGGAGCCUCGGUUUUAGAUAUUACUUCUGAGCUCUGAUCACGCUGCAUCUCCCCUGAGCCCUGACAUGUCUUCACAAGUUGUUGGACUUCCAGUUUAGAAUCAGAAUUCAUCAAAACGAGGUUUGGUUCUUGUAAUUAUUCGGAACUUGUAAUUGUCAUGAGACUUCAACAAAAACGAUUCUUAAAAAUUGACAGCUGCCUUCUGAAGACCUCC